CAGGUGACUUGGUGUCACGUGAGUAGCAGGAGCGGUUCCGUUUCCGCCCCGGGCAGGAAUAGUGCGGGAGCUGCUGCCAGAGCGAAGGGGGAGGGGCAGAGCUCGCAGCGGCCCCCUCGCGCCGCCUCACCAUGAUCAAGGCGAUUCUCAUCUUCAACAACCACGGCAAACCCCGGCUCUCCAAGUUCUACCAGCGCUAUAGUGAAGAUACACAGCAACAAAUUAUCAGGGAAACUUUCCAUUUGGUAUCUAAACGUGAUGAAAAUGUUUGUAAUUUCCUAGAGGGAGGCUUACUAAUAGGUGGAUCUGACAACAAAUUAAUCUACCGACACUAUGCCACAUUGUACUUUGUCUUCUGUGUGGAUUCUUCAGAAAGCGAACUUGGCAUUUUAGACCUAAUACAGGUAUUCGUGGAAACACUAGACAAAUGUUUUGAAAAUGUCUGUGAACUGGAUUUAAUUUUCCAUGUAGACAAGGUACAUAAUAUUCUGGCUGAAAUGGUCAUGGGUGGAAUGGUUUUGGAGACCAACAUGAAUGAAAUUGUCACUCAAAUUGAUGCACAAAAUAAACUGGAGAAAUCUGAGGCUGGUUUAGCAGGAGCCCCAGCCCGGGCUGUGUCAGCUGUAAAGAAUAUGAAUCUUCCAGAGAUCCCAAGAAAUAUUAAUAUUGGUGACAUCAGUAUAAAAGUGCCAAACCUGCCCUCUUUUAAAUAAAAUGGCUACUACAGGUAAAAUCAAGGGAAAAUGUAAUAGAGGUUUACCAAACAAAUUUAUAACUUUUGUUAUUUGGAUAAAAAGUAAAGGUAUUGCAUAGCAAUUCUGUGUAAAAUCAGUAUGUGAAGUUAAAUGUUGCUUUUGUCUUACACAGUGAUUUUUAAAGGACAUGAAUAGUUUGUUUGUUUUCUAAAUUACAUUCCGGUGUCCUUCUAAGCCAUAUCUCUGUCUUGGCUGCUACAGUAUUUUGGAAAAGUAUUUAAGAUAUUCUUUACUUUAUGUAAUCUAUAAUGUUGUGGAUUUUAUAUCCACUAAAGUGUAUGAUUAGUGUGGCAUUCCUUAACUACUUCUGCUGUUUGUCAUGAUUAUUUUAGAUCCAAAUGCAUAUGUUGCUUGAAAACAUUAAACUGUCUUUUUGUGUAAAUAAAAUCAUAAUUAACUGGACUUCUAAAACAUGUUUGCCUGAAAUCUCUUAGCAAUAAAUAAUUGUUUUCCCAUA